ACGCGAAAGCUUGUGCGAAUCCACGUGCUGCGCCACCCGACGAACUUCCCACUCUUCCUUGGCACAACACGAAUCUCGAGGGAACUUCGCGGAAAGAAAGUACGCUUGAUUGCCGGUUUCAGCACUCUGCAGCGGACGCAGACACGUAUUGCAGCUGGCAGACAGCCGGAUGAGACUGGCCACCUCGGUGUUUUACAUUACAAGGUCCAAAUUUUCGUGCGCGUUGACUUCCGAGCUCAGCGGACACGCACUUACCGCAUACACGCAACCUGAUACGCAACUGAAUGGUCACGGCACUCAAGCGCAUCCCGGCCUAAGCACAUUCGAGUCAU